UCAUUCAGCACCAUACAAAAAAAAAAAAUCUUGUGGACCUCAUACACAUUUUCAUGUUCAUGUCUAACAAAUUUCUUAUAAGAACACUGUAAAAUCUAGCAUAAUCUCUUUAUUUCCGCUGGGUCCUGAUUAUCAUUGUUGGCUUCCGGGGUGUUAUGGCUAGCGAAAGUCGUCGUCAGCUUCACGUAUUCUUCUUCCCUUUCAUGGCCCAUGGCCACCUGAUACCGACCAUGGACAUGGCAAAGCUAUUUGCAGCACGAGGUGUGAAGGCAACCUUAGUCACUACUCCUCGGAAUGCCUUCUUCUCCAAAACUCGUGGCAUCAACAUUGAUAUCCUAAUCAUUAAGUUUCCGGCUGUAGAUGCUGGUCUGCCAGAAGGAUGUGAGAAUAUUGACUCAAUAGUGAAUUCCAUAGAAAUGGUUGACAAUUUUUUCAAAGCCACUAAGAUGCUCCAACAACCACUCGAGCAACUACUACAAGAUUUCCAACCUAGUUGCCUUGUUGCCGACAUGUUCUUUCCUUGGGCAACUGAUAUUGCUGCUAAAUUUGGUAUUCCAAGGCUUGUUUUCCAUGGGACCUGUUCUUUUUCUCUGUCUGUUGACCUAAGUUUGAGACAAUAUGAACCUCACAAGAAAGUUUCAUCUGAUUCUGAACCUUUUGUCAUUCCUAACUUUCCAGGGGAGAUAAAGUUGACAAGGAUGCAACUUCCUAACUUCAUUAAGCAUGAAGUUGAAACGGACCUUUCCAAGUUCUUGAAAGAAGUUGUGGAAUCGGAUUUGAAGAGCUAUGGGGUGGUUGUUAACAGCUUUUAUGAGCUCGAGCCGGCUUAUGCAGAGCAUUACAAGAAGGUUAUAGGAAGAAAGACAUGGCAUAUAGGUCCAGUUUCACUAUGCAACAAGAAUGCUGAAGAUAGAGCUCGAAGGGGAAAGGAACCCUCCAUUGAUGAACAUGAAUGUUUGAGGUGGCUUGGUACAAAGAAACCCAAUUCCGUCGUUUACAUAUGUUUUGGGAGUAUAGCAAACUUUAGUGAUUCUCAGCUCAUGGAGAUUGCAAUGGGUCUUGAGGCUUCUGAACAACAAUUCAUUUGGGUUGUGAAGAAAGGCAAAAAUGAAAAAGAAGAGGAAGAUUGGUUGCCUAAAGGAUUUGAGAAAAGAAUGGAAGGCAAGGGACUAAUUCUAAGAGGUUGGGCACCCCAAGUAUUGCUUCUUGACCAUGAAGCAGUUGGAGGAUUUGUGACUCAUUGUGGGUGGAAUUCGACCCUGGAAGGAGUGACUGCAGGGGUGCCCAUGGUCACGUGGCCUUUGAGUGCUGAGCAGUUUUACAAUGAGAAGUUAGUAACUCAGGUCCUUAAAGUUGGGGUUGAUGUUGGUGUUCGACAAUGGAUAAGAGUGGUGGGAGAUAGUAUCAAGAGGGAUGCAAUUGAGAAGGCAGUGAAGCGAAUUAUGGUGGGUGAAGAAACAGAUGGAAUGCGAAGCAGAACCAAGGUACUUGGGGAGAUGGCAAAGAGGGCUGUUGAAGAAGGGGGAUCAUCCUACUCUGAUUUGAAUGCUUUGAUUGAAGAAUUAAAGUUGCAUUGUCCUUGACUUUAUUUGACACGAAAUUUUCAAUAUGGUUCUUUCACCAUAAAAAAUAAAAAAUGAAUUUAUCAUUGUUUCUUA